UUAUAUAUAUUAAUUAAUAUGAAUAUUACCAAAUCAAUAAUAAUCUUAAUAUUGGGCUUCGUGUCCAUGGCCUAUGGACAAUGUAAUAUUGCCAACUCUCCAUUCUUCAAUGGAUCUCUGGUAAUUGUUACUGUAGUCCAGACCAAUCUCCAAUCGGGCCAGAUCCGAUACAUGCAGGGCAACAUGAUCUACAGCACCGACUUGAUGCCAGCACUCUCCAAUCUCGACAGUAUGGAAACCAUGUUCUCGGAUCGUAAUUACUGCAACCCGUCCAAAUAUGUGCAGCCGUUCAACAACUCCUAUGCCGCCACCUGGGCCAACUUCAUCGCCUUGCGCCAGUUCUCCAUCUUCCCCAAUGGCCAAGUCAACUUUGGACCGACCCAAUUCAAUCUAAAGACCUGCACCAACAAUCUUUGGUAUGGAGAGGAUGGCAAGGGCUGGUCAUACGCAAUCCAGCUUUCGUUUGGCGACAAAGCAGUGAAGCCACCAGGAUUCAUUUGCAAUCCAGUGAGCUUCCCAGUUGGUUUUGAGAUUGGAGUCGAUGCCACGUGGGAGAACAACGGAUCAAAGUACUCGCAGUAUCAUGUAUACAUGAAGAAUGUUGGAGGAAGGAUUGUCACUGGCUUCAUACUCAAGUUUACGACCAAUCUUAGAAAUGAUGGCAGCACACCAUACUGGGGAGUUGUUUCCAAUGGAAAAGGAGCCUACACAAUGCCAUCUUACAUGCCAUCACUUGUACCAAAUGUUGGAUAUACAUUUGGUUUCAUUGCAGUCAAUACUACCAAUCCACAAAUUGCUAUCCUAUGG